GUGCGAGUGAGCAGCGUGCCAUUUUUGUGUGGACAGUGUGUGCGCUGUCUUGAAUACAAAAGGACGUCUUCACAGGUUCAAAACAGGCACGGACUGGUGUUUGUGCGUGAUUUCCACUUUUCUCGCUGCAGCCGGACUCAGAUAUGAGGGCCUGCUUUGUACUCCUGUGCUUAGUGGCAGCAACAUUUGCCCUUUCCGUAAAAAGUAAAGUUCGUGGAAAACAUGGAUUGCAUAAGGCUUCACACACAGCCGAAGAAAAGGAUGUUUACAAAGAGGAGGCCAACAAAGCGCUAGUCUUACCCACUUUGGCUACAUUUGCUGCAAACAGCCCUGAACCAGAAGAUGAGGAACUGAGCUCAGUAGACAACAAGGACGAUGGAGAAGUGACCGAAAAGAGAGAGAAGAGCACUGCUGUGCUGUUAAGUGAGGAUGAAUUGGUGGAUCUCCUGAAGAAAGAGGCAGAAGAGGAAGAAGAAGAAGAAGAAAGAGAGCUGGAGGAGGAAGAAGAAGAUGUGGAGACUGACAAAGGCAAUGUGGAGUCUAGAGAGGAUGAGGAGAUCUCUGAGGGCGAGGAAGCUCUGGGGGAGGAGAAGAUGUUGGAUGACAUCUCAGAAACAAGGGAAGAGGACGAAGUGAAGAAAGAAAGUGGAGGAGAGACAGAAGAGGUGGAGAAGGCAUCCCAUAUUGAAGAGUCUGUUGGCAAAACGGCAGACAGAGGAGAACAAGUGCCACUGUUAGAAGAAUCAGAAGGCAGCACCGAGUCCGAGAUUCUCGCCGGUCUUGACUAUGCCGCUGAUAGCAGCGUCAUUCUUCCUCUACACACUGAUGAUGCCCAGUCUAUUCCAAAAACAGAUGUUCCAGACGCUGAAGAGAAGGAAGCAACUGAGAAAGAACUGACGAAUACUGUUGAUGACUAUGAUCACGACAUGCAGAACACUGAGGCGGCAGACAGUGAAGAGGAUAAAGAUUCAUUGGUCGUCUCUAAAGAAACGAGUUCUGGGAAGAGAGAACCUGAAGCAAAUUUGGACCUUCACGAUCCAAAGAGCAGCGAAGAACUUGAAUUGACUCGACCAUCUGGAAGGGAGCAAGAGAAGAAUAGGAACGACCGCCACACCAAAGGAAAGACAAGGAGGCAAAAGAAAAACAAGAGGGCAAGAAAGCACUCUCCACAGAGGGAUGAAACACAACCUGUACAAGAAGAGAGCCAACAGGAUCCUCAAGAGUCUGAGGACGCUGACAAUACAGUCCAGAAGGCAAAGAGGAGAAGGGGAGGAAAAUGGGGUCCUUUGGUAGGUAUGAACCCAGUCCAGAUAAGAGCUACAGCGGAUCUGUACCCGAGUACCAGGGCCUCUCUUGGUGAAAGAUCACAUCUCUCAGAGGAACAUGCUGAUCCAUGUGACAAUUUCCGUUGCAAGCGUGGAAAAACAUGUAAACUUGAUGCCAACAGUAAGCCACAGUGUGUGUGUCAAGAGCCGUCAGAAUGUCCUCCCAGCGUGAAUGAAUUUGAACACGUUUGUGGGACCGACAACAACACAUAUGACACAUCAUGUGAACUUUUUGCCACUAAAUGCAACCUGGAGGGCACUAAGAAAGGACACAGGCUUCACCUGGAUUACACUGGUGCUUGCAAAUUGAUACCUCCAUGCGUUGACACUGAACUGGUCCAGUUCCCUCUACGUAUGCGCGAUUGGCUGAAAAACGUGCUCCUGCAGCUUUAUGAGCAUGACUCUGUGUCCCAUGGAUUCCUCACACCUAAACAGCGUUUUAGAGUGAGGAAAAUCUUUGAGAGUGAGCGUCGCCUCCGUGCUGGUGAUCACCCAGUUGAGCUGCUUGCACAGGACUUUGAGAAGAACUACAACAUGUACAUCUACCCAGUACACUGGCAGUUCGCUCAACUGGACCAGCACCCCUCUGAUAGGUUCUUGUCCCACUCAGAGCUGGCCCCCCUCAGGGUCCCUCUAGUGCCGAUGGAGCACUGCACCUCUCUCUUCUUCCAGGAGUGUGAUGCUGACAAAGACAAACAGGUGUCAUUUAAAGAGUGGACCUCCUGUUUUGGCAUCAGGAAUGAGGAUAUGGACGUCAACCUGCUUUUCUGAGCCUUUUUAUGCACCUCAUCUACUACACAAGCUUGAGGAAGAUGCUCCAACAUUUGAACCAGUUGCCUCCUGAUAUUUUAUCUGCUCAAAAUGUUACAACACAGAUUUUUACCUCCUGCUUUAAAAGACCCUUGGUAAUCACUGAUGUUAUUAUGUGUUAGGCUAUGCUUGGAUGUUUAAAUUGUUAAUUUGUGAUUUAGUUAAGCUGUUAGAAUUGCUUGUUAAAAAAUAAGAAAGUAAUUUUUGCCAGAAUAUCUGUUUUCUAAUGCAUUCCAAACGGGGGUAAAGUUUACAAGAGCUUAUUAAUACGCAAACAAUGUACAACAGGUCGGAGGUUUCAAAUAAAUUUGGUUUGUAUGUAAGAGUGAUUUAGUGAAGAAUUACCCAUUAAAUUAUAAAGGUUAGUAGAUCAUUUCAACACCUUGGAAGAUGUUAGUAUUGUGUCCCUUGAUUUAGUAGUAAAUAUUGUAAAUGUUUGUCUUCUGAUUUUAUGCUUCAUUAAGUUUUAUGGACACCAAAAUAACUUCACACUAUUUCAGUGCACCCUGCUGUUAAUGAUGACUUGUAUUUCCUGUCCUCAAAUAAAGUGAAGAAGAAGAAGACCA